UUGGAAUUCACAGGUCUGCUAAGUGCGAUAGUCUUCCUGCCAAUCGCAGGAGCGAUAGUCAUCGCGCUUGUGCUCAGAAAUUACAACCAAGCCCGCAUCUUCGCGGUGGCAAUCGCCGUCAUCGACUUCGUGCUCGCCAUCAUAGCCUUCGCGGCAUACAACACGAGCGCGGGCGGCAUACAGCUCGUUGACCGCUUCUCCAACUGGAUUCCCGGCCUGGGCGACGACGGCUUCGCUGUCCAAUACCUGCUCGGCAUCGACGGCCUCAGCGCGCCGCUUGUCCUGCUCACAGGCUUGCUCGGCCUCGUAGCCGUUCUAGCCUCUUGGCACAUCCAGCUGCGCGUCCGCGAGUAUUUCAUCUGGCUGCUCGCCCUCCAGACCGGCGUCAUGGGCGUCUUCACAUCACUCGACUUCCUGCUCUUCUUCCUCUUCUGGGAGCUUGAGCUGAUCCCCAUGUUCUUCCUCAUCGCCAUCUGGGGCAGCGACCCCAAGAGCAAGCGCGAAUACUCUGCGAUGAAGUUCCUGAUAUUCACCAUCCUCGGCAGCGCGUUCAUGCUUGUCGGAAUCCUGGUGCUAUUCUUCUCAACCGGCACAUUCGACAUGACCAAGCUCCCCGACGCCAUACGCGGAGCUAACUUGUUGCUGCCCGCAGGCGUCGUCUUCGCGCUCCUGUUCAUCGGCUUCGCGAUCAAGCUCCCGCUCUGGCCCCUGCACACAUGGCUGCCCGACGCUCACACCGACGCGCCCACAGCCGGUAGCGUCAUCCUGGCCGGCGUCCUCCUAAAGAUGGGCGCCUACGGUAUGUUCCGCGUCUCGAUUAGCAUGUUCCCCGAAGUGGCUCAGGAUGUCGCAUGGCUGCUCGUAGCCGCGGGCGUCAUCAACGUCAUUUACGGCGCAAUCGUCGUCAUGCGACAGACCGACCUCAAGCGCCUCAUCGCAUUCAGCAGCAUCAGCCACAUGGGAUUCAUCAUGAUCGGCUUGGCGUCCGUUGUCGGCGUGAACGGCGCGGUCUCGCCGCUUGGCCUUACCGGCGCCGCGAUGCAGAUGUUCACGCACGGCACUAUCACCGGCUUGCUAUUCCUGCUUGUCGGCAUGGUGUACGACAAGGCGCACACCCGUUACAUCCCAGACCUCGGCGGACUCGCAAAGCGCAUGCCUUUCCUUGCCGUCGCGCUGCUCGUCGCGGGAUUGGCUUCACUCGGCUUGCCCGGCACAAGCGGCUUCGUCGCCGAACUGCUCAUAUUCCUCGGCGCGUUCAAGGUAUGGGCUAUCCCAACCGCGAUCGCCGCUUUCGGCGUCGUGCUCGCCGCGGGCUACAUCCUAUGGACUAUCCAGCGCGUGAUGUUCGGCCCCAUCAAGGAGCGCUUCUCAGACAUUACUGAUGUGUCGGGGAUCCAGUAUGUCCCCAUAGCCCUGCUCUUAAUCGCCAUCAUCGCAGUGGGCAUCUUCCCAUCGUUUAUAUCUGAUGUAUUCUCAAGCGGCGUCGAGCCCAUAGCGCAAUCCCUUGAACAAGUGGCGCAGGCGCGUCUGCGCUAA